ACAUCUAAAUACGAUAAAUUUUAAAAAUUAAUAUUAAAAAUUUUUGAACUUAUUUGAAGUACGUUUGAAAGAAAAGUCUAACACUUAUCUUAGAAGACUUGAAAGAAAAACCUAUUGACAACGUUUUAAGUAUCUUCAAAAUAUCUGAAACGACUCAAUUGAUUUUUAUGUGAAACGUUCCAUACUAGACUUAUGUGGAGAUUAAACAUUUUUUUCUAUUAUUGUCACAAACAAAAUGAAUAUGGAGUUGACCAUUAACACAAGUAGUUUUACCAAUUACUUGCAUUUGCACAAGAAAUCAAGUAGAAACCGUGGUUCAAUAAUGAAACGUUUAAGAGCUAAACGAAAAAACGCAAUUGUAAGAUUCAACAAGUGGUUUGAAAAAGAACAUGAUUAUUGUUUGCCAAUCAAAAAAAUAAGUGAAUAUGAUCAAAAGAGUAAUACCUCCAUAGUAGAUAAUGAUGAUUUUGAUGCAAUUAAUAAAUCAUUAAUAUCAGAUUCUAUAUCAUCAGAUGUUUCAAAAACAAUUACUAACUUAGAGAAAAUAAAUGUAAAUAAUGAGUUAUCUAGUUGUAGCUUAUAUGCCAUUGAUGUUACAACAGAAUUAUUAAAAGAUGCAUUAUUAGAAAAUCAAAAAAAUCAAAAUACUCAAAUAAAUUAUGUACAAUCAACAAAUAUAUCGAAAGAUAGUAUUAAUUCUUCUGACGAUUAUGUACCUAAUAUUUUAAAUGAUUGCAAUCAAUGUGAUAUUACUCCAAGAGAAUGUACACCACCAAAAGUAUUUUUACCCAUGGAUAUUGACAGUGACAUGAAUAAAUUGUUCCCAAAUUUAGAUUUUUCUACAGAACACAAUCUAAACGAAAAACAAGAUCAUAUAAAAUGCAAAGAAAAUAAAAUUGAAGCUGAAACCACAAUUUCACCUACAAAAACGGAUGAAACUGAAACUAAGAAAAUACUUUUUCUUAAUAAUUCAUUUACUGAUUCUGUUUCUCAACCUUUAGAGACAAUUAAGAUUGUAAAAAGUGACUGUAAAAUUAAAUCUAAAUCAUCUCACAAUAUAUGUAAAUUAUCAGCUGACAAUCCAGCCAUUGUGACAAAUUUUCAACUAGCAUCUGAACAGUAUAUAAACAUAUUUAAUCGGUAUCAGAGCAAGUCAAAAGAACAAUUUAUUGAACAGGUUGAAAAUCCAGGACCUUUAUUGUUGAGAGAUCUUCUUUGUGGUUCAAAACCUAAAACUAUUAUUAGUCCUUACACCCAUAGGUGUUUAAAACCAUACAUAUUCAGAGAUUUGGAGACUAAACCUCUGUGGUUAAGAAUGUUGAAUGAAUUAAAAGAACAUUUUAGACAAAAAAAUGGAUUGCCUAAGACUAAUGAAAUUCAAUCAAUUGACUACAGUUAUGUUCGUGCAAAACACAUAAAAUCAGUAAAUGCGUUGGCAAGGCAGUUUUUCUGGGCCGGAAUUGAUUUGACUGAAAGUUUAUUAUACCCUGACUUCAGCGUCAUCGCGUUAUACAAAAACUUGAUAAUUGGUUUUGGUUUCAUGGUUCCAGACAUAAGUACAAAUGAAAAUUAUAUAACAUUUUUGUUCACUCGUCCUCAUUGGACUAAUUGUGGUAUUGCUAAAUUUAUGAUAUACCAUUUAAUUCAGACUUGCAUGACCAGAGAUAUAACUUUACAUGUCUCCGUGAAUAAUCCAGCUAUGAUACUAUAUCAAAAGUUUGGAUUCAAAAUUGAAGAAUUUGUGCAAAACUUUUAUGAAAAUUAUAUUCCUGCAGAUUCAGAAAUGUCUAAGCAUGCUUUUUUUAUUCGUUUACGCAGUACUUUAAAUACCAAAUUAAGUUAAUACAUACUGCUUAAAAGGUAUUGUUAUUUAUUUGCAAUCUUCUGACAAGUUUGUUAAUAUUUAUGAAAAUAUUUUUUACAUAAAACUGAC